GGCUGGGACCAGUUCGACUGGCUCACGAAGGAUGCGGAGUCUCCGCUGCUUGUCGGCAACGACUGGGGCGUCGUGGAGGUCAUAGAGACCACGCUGCAUUCGCAGCUGCUGAAGUUGUCGCCUGCGCAGGAGCUGGCCGCGAGCCGCAGCGGCCUCGGGAGGGGCCUCGUGCGGCUGCUGGACUUCGCCUGCCUGUGGGCAUCGCAGAUCGACCAGGAGGACCGCGUGCUGGUCCUCUCCAGCAGCCAGGAGUUCUGCCGCUUCGCCGCGGAGGUGGGCGCGGUUCGCGCCGUCCACGCCGACGAGGCGAAGAGGAGGUUGCUCGAGGGCCCGCAGGGCGGCGGUCAGCCACCCGCGGAAGAGGCCGCCGAGGGCGGCGCGCAGUCGGCGACGGCCGCCGCGGCCGGCACGCGCUUCUCCGCGGAGCUCGUCUCCUCGCUGUUCCUGUCGGGCGCGGCCGCGCACUUGGGCGGCUCUGCCGCGCGCGCGGCCGAGGCGGGCGGGCUGCUGGGAGAGCUGCAGGAGCGCCAGCGACGUCGCCGCCGUCCUCCCUCGGGCGCCAUCGAGCUGCUCUCCAGCGCGCGGACCCUGCUGGGGCUGGAUACAGGCGACCCGGAGACCGCUGGCUGCGCCAAGCACAUCGACGAGGCGCUGCGUCGCUGGGAGCGGAUCGUCACAGGGCGGAUGCCCUGA